UACGAGACGGCACAACACGACGGCCGCUCGCCGAUCACACGCUGACGCGCACACACCGGCGAUUUCUCAGCCGCAAUCGCCAUGGCCACCGCCACCGCCACCUCCCUCGCCUCCUCCGCCGCGCACCGCCGCCUCCCGCCCUCGCGCUCAGCCGCUAGCUCCAUCCUGAGAGCCCCCAACCGGGGCCGCCUCUGCCCCGGCUCCCCGUCGGUGCUCCGCGCGUCGUCCUCGUCUCCGUCGUCUCCCCAGCCCACCGCCGGCGGUGAUGAGGGGGAGGAGGAGGAGGAGGGGCGGAGGCUGUCGAAGCAGUCGUCGUGGGAGGCGAAGGACUCCGAGGGGGAUGACUACCUCUACCGCCUCGGGAAGGAGGCCGACAACAUGAACAUCGCCGUCGGCGCGCGGAGCGGCAUCGUCGACGACCUCUUCGUCGGCAACUUCCUCGGCAAAGACUCGGAUAUUGUGUUCGAUUACCGGCAGAAAGCGACCAGGACGUUUGAGUACCUGCAAGGAGAUUAUUACAUCGCACCCCUCUUCCUUGAUAAAGUUGCAUGUCAUAUUGUGAAGAACUACCUUGCACAUAUUCUUACUAUCAAGAUUCCCCUUAUACUUGGAAUCUGGGGUGGAAAAGGCCAAGGGAAAACAUUCCAGACUGAACUUAUAUUUAGAGCAAUGGGUGUUGAACCUGUUAUUAUGUCUGCUGGAGAACUAGAAUCUGAGAAAGCAGGAGAACCUGGGAGGCUUAUACGUGACCGAUACAGGACGGCUUCUCAAGUAAUUCAAAACCAAGGGAAAAUGAGUGUUUUGAUGAUCAAUGACCUAGAUGCUGGUGUUGGAAGAUUUGGUAACACACAAAUGACAGUAAAUAAUCAAAUUGUGAUUGGAACUUUAAUGAACUUGGCGGAUAAUCCAACCAGGGUUAGCAUUGGCCAGAAAUGGAGAGAAUCUGAUGUAACACACAGAGUGCCAAUAAUAGUUACCGGAAAUGAUUUUUCGACACUGUAUGCUCCCUUGAUUCGUGAUGGGAGGAUGGAAAAGUUCUAUUGGCAGCCUGGCCGUGAAGAUAUAAUUAACAUUGUUCACCGCAUGUAUAUAAAGGAUGGUUUGUCUUUCGAGGAUGUAUCAAAAGUUGUAGACACUUUUCCAAACCAAGCUCUGGACUUUUAUGGAGCUUUGAGAUCCAGGACAUACGAUCGGGCAAUCUUGCAGUGGGUAGAAGAGAUUGGUGGUCAUGAACAACUAAAUGAAAAGCUUCUCAAGCGAAAGAAAGGAGAGGAGCUUCCAACAUUUAUUCCUCCAAAGACCACUGUAGAUGCGUUGAUUGAAUCUGGGGACUCUCUGGUGAAAGAGCAAGAACUGAUAAUGAAUUCGAAACUGUCAAAAGAAUAUAUGAAGAAUUUAGAUGAUUAGUUCAAAACAAAAGGUCUAAUAGAGAAAGUACUCGAGGUGCCUAUCUCAACCCGAUUUUGUAUAUUUUUGCAUCUCUGAAAACUGCACCUUUCUUUCUCUCUCUCUUUGGUGCCCCUGCAUCCUACAUUCUACAGAACAGUUGCAUGUGCAAGUAUACGAUAGUGUAUAAAAGAACAUGAAAAGGUAUACAAGAAUUUUUUCGGCUGUGUUUUAUGUAUUUUAGAUAUCUUUAUAUAAUCGUUUGUACAAUGGUUUGCAACUCUGAACUAUAUAUAAUGAACUUCAUAUAUUAUAGUGAA